AUGGACACGAAGAAAGAGAUAAACGAAGAUGAGGGAUCGGAGAACGAACAGAGCGACGACAAAUUCAACAUGGCCAAUUCGAUCCUUGAUUUCAACACAAUGUGUGCGGCGCCAUUCCAACCCUUCGGAUCGUAUCCCUUCGCUCCAUUUGGAAGUCCAACAGCCGGAUUGGGUACUUACAACACGAAUGUUUUCAAUUAUUUUUCGUCCCCAACGUCCUUCAAUUCGACUGCAAUUCCAACCACAAGCGCGUCAUCGAUUCAAGGGAGUAUAAGGUGGGUCGGAAGAUAAGGUCGUGCAUGGAAUGUGUAGUGAUUCUAGACGGAAUAGACGUGAACGGACAACGUAUAACAGGAAUCAACUGGACAUUUUGGAGAAUCAUUUCCUAAGGACAUCCCAAUACCCCGAUGCGUUUCAACGAGAAAAUCUGGCUCAGCAAGUGAAUCUGCCGGAGAGUAGGAUACAGGUAAGAUUGGCGCUGAUUAUGUCAAAAUUACUUUGUUUUGCCACAUGAUUCGUAAUAAUCCCCAUUUUUUAGGUAUGGUUUAAAAACCGACGAGCCAAACAUCGUCAACAACAGAAGCAGAAAGAGAUGCUUCAGAAGUCGAUGGCUGCUCGUCGAAACAAGGGUCUCAUGUCGUCGCCUGCGAUCAAUCAGCCACUGUAUCAUAACGAUUCCACCGACACCAACACGUCGCCCUCGGCCUCAGCGUGCUCAUCCAACAGUGAUCCCGACAAAUCGGACAUCAAGAUCGACCAAAAGGUCGGCCAUGACUCCGACUCCGAGAAGAACAUUUUCUUCAGCCCCUCAGGCAGUGUGAUGGACACCGUAGCCGGGAACUGGUUCAACGCCGCCUCGAAUUCGAGCAAUGUUGCAGGUAGAUAAAGGGCCGAGUGCAGAAGGGAUAUUAAAUAUAGAUAACGGCUUGCGUGGAAGGAAUCUUUUAUUCCGAAUUGGACUCGCUGGCGGCCCAAAUCACGCGAAGCCAUUUACUUGGGGGGAUGCACCCCCGACACUUAAAGAGCCAAGAUAAUUUGGAUGGGGAGGGAUUAAGACACAACUUACCUUGGCCCCUAUCUGAUGGCUGGGAUUUGCUGACGUGAACAGCACAGAGGACAGGGAGGGGACAUGGAUUUACAGAGUAUUGGGAUUUGGGCACAGGGGGAUGGCACUCCUCAAACAUACGCAGUUUUUAAAUUACUUUCAGGCUGGGUCAACCCCUACGGCUAUUCCUGCCAGGGAUUUGGGCUCUACAAUGCGUACAAUCCGGUUAAUCAAGCCUCCUCCGACGCCGCGUCGCGCUACGCCGGUAAUCAGACAUACUACGGGUCUGAUCCUCCACAAGAUUAUAAUCAAGAAUGA